UUGGCAUAAAUUAAUCGCGUGCGCAUUUACGGUAAUUUGCUGAAAUCGAAAUUUCACGAAGAACCCGUAGUACCCGUUUUUAUUCGUUAGGUUUGGCGGACGGACGUCGCAGGUGUUCGGACGCGCAUUAACGAAAAUAAAAACGACCGUCGGCGGGUCGUCCGAUUCGAAAACGGAGAAAAACGUCCGCUUCGCAUUGUUCCGACAAAACAACAAUACAACGAGUAUAACAAAAAAAAAAAAAAAAAUACAUUAUUGUCGCGUCGUGCGCGUCCGUCUAUCAGCUGUUCCUCGUUCGCGCGAGUAGCAGUGGGUAAAACUCGCGUCGAGUAAUAAUUUACUCCAAUCGCACGGGACGUUGCCCGCUUCCCGUUCGAGGUAAUACGGUAAUAAUACAAUAUCGUUAUCGUCCGCGAGUCGCCGCGUCCCGUUACCACACGAAUACGUUCGUGCCCGUUACUCGCUAGUCGCUACGUACAGUCGUGUCAAACCCGUUAUCGUGUUCGCAGCAGCGAUUCGCGCGCACGACCUAAAAAACGGCAGCAGCAGAUAGUUCGGUUGGACGGAUUUUCGUUCGCGUCGAAUUCAUAGGUUCGUAAUCGUUGGCGACCCGACGACGCGAGACGCCCUUAUCUCAAAACCGUUCUUAUCACUCGCCCGAUACAACAACAACAACAACAACAACAACGACGACGACGACGGCGGCGACGACCUAAGGUUUGUUGUUGUUAGGUUUAUCAGCUGCUAUAAACCUUACGACUACGACGGUAUUAAACGACGAUAUCGAUAUCGAUAUCUGAUAUCCCUUCCAUCAUCGUCUCGGGUUGGUGAGCGAUAAUAACGAUAACGAUAAUAAUAAUAACAAUAAUAACAAUAACAAACGCGAUCUCUCGUUCGGUGGUCGAUACCCACUCGAUAGGACGCGUAUCCGAGUCGCCGUGUCCGGUCAGUACGUGUGCGGAACGAUGUUUUUCCGGGCGAGAUCCAACACGAAUUCCGUGUGAAAAUGAACGAUUGGCCGUUCGUCGGUCGGCUCCGAGUGAACGCUUCGCCGCAGCCGUCGUCUCCUCGUCGGAUAAAUCGCCGCCAUUCGUGAGAGGAAUCGUGUGGUGCCAACCAGUGGAGAUACUCGAACGUAUAUCGUUUGAUUGCGACUACCUUGCAGCUGCAGUUCAGCCUGACGUGUCCGACCGAACGGUUUUUAUGACCGACCGUUUUUAUGCUAGUGAACAAAGAAAAUUAGUAUCAAAUUUAUACAGUCAACAAAUAGUAAAUUUUUUCUUUUUCGAAAUACGUUAAAUUGAUCAUAUCAAUGAAAAAUUCGACGACUUUAUCAGCUUAUAAGCCUAGAAUAUUAAGAAAUGGUAAAAUUGUAAUUCCAAAAACGAAAAAUAUAAUUAAAAAGAAGUCUAUUUCAAAGGAAAAGAUAAAUAAUAAAUUAUCUUUUCUUAAAACUAGCUCAAAUGAUAUUAGUAACCUAAGUGUUAAAAAUAAAAAUGAAUUGGUAACUUCGAAAUAUAACCAUAUAUUUGACAACCGUCAUUUAUAUGUGUUACUUACAAAAUUACCACCAUCAAUAAUCAAUAGAGAUACAUUUGAUGAUCAAAAUAAUAACAAGCAUUAUACUAAAGUAGAAGAUUAUAUUCAAUUAAAUGAACUUCAAAUAUACAAUAAGCUUGAACCAAAGAUAGACAAGAGUGAAAUGUUAACUGCUACAAAAAAAUUGAAACAGAAAAGUAUAACAUCAACCUCUUUUAAGAAUAAAAGAAUUUUAAAAGCUAAAACAUGUGAUCAUUCAGUAACUAGUCAAACGUCCGAUGCACGAAUUACACGUGGAAAGACAAUCAAGCUUCAAACAGAAGAAAGAAAACAAUUAGAUCAAAUAAUUUUUGAUAAAUUUCCAAACAACACAUUUAAUAUGUUAGCUAUUCAAUUAUGUGAUAUUAAUGAAGAAGUUAAAUUUCUGCGAACACUUGGAUUAACAUGUCGUUUUAAAUGCCCUUUUAAUUGUAAAAUUAAAAAAAAACAGAAUUAAGAUUAUUUAUAUAUGUAUACACAAGGUGACACCAUUUUUAUUUUAACUAUGUAUAAUUAUAAAAGAUUUUAAAAUGUUAGUUUUGUUACUAGAAAUUAAUUUGAUUUAAUGUAGAUGUAGUUAAGUUUUUCGGUAAAUAGCCUUUUAAAUUUUAAAACUAAAUAAUUUUAUUAUUAUUUCACCUUCUAUAAUUUUACAUAAUUUAUUUAUUAAAUUAUGCUUUCUAUAAUCUGAUAUAUGUUAUUAAUAUAACAAUUUUAUUUAUUUUAUAAUUAAGCUUGUAUAUAUUGUAAAAAUGGACAAAUAAUUAAAACUGUUUUAUAAAUACUUAAUUCUCAUUAUAAUCAAUUUAUAUAAUUUAUUAAAUGCUUAAUCAUUUAAAAGUGUAUUUCAUCAUUGUAGGAAUGAAAACUUGCUAAUAUGUUUUAUUUUAUUUAAUAUGUAUUUAUUAUUAUUUACUACUAACUAUUAUUUUGUAUUAAAUAUUUACUCCUAUUACUAUUAUAAGUUAGCUAUUUCUUUCAUUAUAUAAUCCAAAUUUUUUGUUAUUAAUAAUGUAUAAGACUAAAAUUGUUCAUUAAUAA